AUGGCCGAGUACCUCAUCCCCGCGUCGGAGCUGAGCCAGCAGAUCAGCACUGCGGGCACUGAGGCCAGCGGCACCGGGAACAUGAAGUUCCAGAUGAACGGGUGGGGACCCGUUGUUGGUCGCGCCAUUCGUGGGCCUGAUGCGCCACGCCAGGCCAGCGUUGUGCUGCAGGCACAUACGCUCGACAAAGGGCCUGGCGGUGGCAGCCUGUAG